UAACGUAACCAAUGCAGAGCUAUUAUUUUAAGGUUUGAGGACUUUUAACGAGUUUCAUAUUUUCGUAACGUAAAAAUGAGCGGAGAUACGAGUACGUCGGAGGCCAGCCUGAAGACGAGGAGUGAGGCUGGAACCAGCACCUCAACAGCCAGUGCCAAGCGCAGGAAGGCUCAGGUGUCCCAGUUGAAGGCGCUGCAGGCCAGACGAGCGGCUGAUGAAGCUGAACGAGCGCUGGAGUCACGAAGACGGGCGGCCACCGCUGCCGCCGCCGCUGCUGAGGCUGAGGCCCAACUCGUGAUACAGGAGGCCCGGGCAGAGGCUCAGAGGGCUGCUGACGCCGCCGAAAUCGAUGCUUUAGAAUUGCGGCUCAUGGAAGACGACGAUUUGAAGUCCCAGUCCCCGAACGAUUUGGUAUUUGAAGAUAGAGACAGAGAGGGAAAUGGAGCGCCGGCAGACCCUAGGCCGCCCUCCGGUGUCAUAUCAAGACACGGUCAGAUGCAGCAGUUAACCGAUGUGAAUCAGAUACGAUCUCAGUCCGCUGCAGGGCCCCAGCGAGCUCACCUGCCUGAACAAAAUGCAAAUGCUGACGCCCGGGAGCGCACGGAGCGCUGGCUGAGUGAGCUGCCGUGCGGUGACGGCCAGCGCCGGACCUCAUCACUGCCCAAGAUAACGCUGGACGAGUUUGAUGGCUCUCCACUCGAAUGGCCACGGUGGAGCGGACUUUUCCAGGCUCUGGUGCAUGAUAACGGCGCUCUCUCAGACACCGAACGUUUGACCUACCUGCAGUCUUGUCUGACAGGCGAAGCGAGAGAAGCAGUGCGUGGGCUCUUAUGUGACGGCAACAUGUAUGAAGAGGCACUGAAAGAGCUGGAUAUGCAAUUUGGGGACCCUCGCGCGGUUGUAACAGCUACCCUUGAUGGUGUCCUCAAGCAUCACUCCAUAAAGGAAAAUGAUGUCGAGAGCCUGAUGCGGUUCUCUCGCGCCCUCCACGCCGCCGUCAGUGUUCUGUCCGCCAGAGGUUUCGAAGCUGACCUCGCUGCAGUAACAAACCUGGACCAGGUCCUAGAAAAGCUGCCAAGGUCACUGGCUUGGCAGUGGGGCCAGGUGGAGCUGAAGAUGGCACCACGUCGUCCCACGCUGGGAGACGUUGACCAGUGGCUGAGACCGCUGGUGCUGGCUGGUCGCCGCGCGCUCAGUGUCUCUAGACAGCGGGAGGUGAUGAUGCCCAGAACGCAGCGGGUGGCUCCGGCAGAGCCAGCCGGUCGACGGAGAGGCAGCAGCCAGCGCACCACUCUGGCUACAGCGACGGCAACAGAGCCCGCUCCAUGUCCGGCCUGCGAUGGAGAGGCGCACAAUCUGGAUUGCUGUCCAGUUUUCAAAGCCAUGGCGCCAGUCGACCGCCUGCAGCUCGCGCGUGACAACAGACGCUGUUAUCGCUGUCUCGGCGAGUCACACUGGGCCAGCCGGUGUCGAAAGAAGUUGAUCUGUGGAGAGAACGGCUGUCGUGGGAAGCAUCACCCACUGCUGCAUGUGCCCGAUCACUCGAGUCGGCGCUCAGAGGAGCAGGAUGCUCCAGCACUAGCUGCUGACCAGCCGAGAAGUGUGAUGGCGACAGCCUUGGAUGCAACGAGCGGGCCACGUAAAGCACUGCUGCAAGUGGUUCCCGUGAGAGUACUCGGCCCAGCUGGGAAGUUCGUCGACACGCACGCGCUGCUCGACUCGGGAGCGGACACAUCAUUAUGCAUUGAGAGCGUGCUUCGGGAUCUGUCGGUGACUGGGUCGACGGAGAAGCUCACGCUCGGUAACGUUGAGGGUACCGGCAUGACCCGGCCUACAAUGAAGGUGUCACUGCAGGUGGCUCCGCUGUCGGCAGACGGGCAAUGUGAGCCUGUAAAGGUGCCCGAAGUCUUCUCCGUUCCCCAGCUCAAUAUCCGGCCGCAGAGAGUCGAUUGGUCAAGAAGGGCUCAGUGGAAACACCUGGAAGGCAUCUCGAUUCCAGACACCAACGGACGGAAGAUCGAAUUACUCUUAGGUGCUAAUGUGCUGGAGGCGAUUCUCCAGCGGGAGGCCCGAGUAGGUGGGCCAGGCCAGCCGGCAGCCAUCCGGACGUAUUUUGGGUGGUGUCUGACGGGCAGCGUGGCACAGCUUCUACCGGUCGGCUCCCGAGAAGUGCUGCAUGUGGCCCACCGCUGUGAAGGCGAAGAGAAGCUGCAAGCUCUAGUGAGAGACUUCUGGUCUACCGAGGCCUUUGGAACAAGGUACAAUAUGAAGCAGCCUCGCUCUCAUGAAGAUCGACUGGCGGAAGAGAUGAUGGAGUCCACCACCAAGUGGAGAGGUGACAGGUAUGAAACCGGCCUUCUGUGGAAACCUGAUUGCGUCCCCCUGCCCAAUGACCGUAGCAUGGCCCUGCGCCGCCUCGAAUCUACGGAGAAGGCGCUCCGACGAGCACCAGAAAAGGCUGCAGCUUACCGCGACACUAUGAGAGAGUAUCUGGAUAAAGGCUACGCCCGUCUGCUGACCGAAGAGGAACUACAGAAGCAUCAUCAGAGGUGCUGGUAUUUGCCGCACCACGCGGUAACCAGCGCGAGCAAACCUGGUCCUAUGCUCGUCAAGACGGGAGGACGGCAUGAGAAGAGGUACGGACUGUUGGUGACGUGCCUCGCCACCCGGGCAGUGCACCUCGAGCUGUGCCACUCGCUCAGCACCGACAGCUUCCUCAUGGCGUUCCGCAGAUUCGUCUCAAGGCGAGGCAGACCGAAAGAGGUGUUCUCUGAUAACGGGACGAAUCUGCGAGCAGGAGAGAGGGAGAUGCGUCGGCAGAUCCAAGCAUGGAACGUCCACGCCAUCAGUGACCGCCUCGCACAAGAUGGCAUUAAGUGGCAUUUUAACCCGCCAGGUGCGUGUCACAUGGGAGGCGCCUGGGAGCGGCUAAUAUCCUCCGUUAAGCGUGCUCUAAGAGCAGUGCUGAGCCAGCUGACUGUCACGGACGAAGCGCUACAGACCGUGCUGACCGAAGUUGAGGCGGUGGUCAACGGUCGACCUCUGACCCAUGUGUCCACAGAAGUGGAUGAUUUGGAGGCGAUUACGCCGAACCAUCUUCUGCUCGGCCGACGGGUAACUUGUCUGCCACCUGGCGUCUUCGACAACGGCGAGUCUGCGAGCAGGAGGAUCUGGCGACAAACACAAGCUCUGACAGACCAGUUCUGGACCAGAUGGCUGAAGGAAUAUGUCCCCAGCCUGACCUGUCGCCGCAAGUGGACAAGAGACAUGCGGAACUUGGCGCCCGGCGACCUGGUUUUGAUCGCAGAAGAUAACGUGCCGCGGGGUCAGUGGCCCCUCGGCAGAGUGAUCGAAGUGAUGCCCGGCCCUGACGGCCGGGUGAGGUCAGCUCGUCUGCGCGCUCGUGGUGGUACAGUGCACCGACCGGCCACCAAGAUAUGCCUUCUCGAGGAGGCGAGAUAACUGCUGACGGUGUCCAGUGAUACCGGCGUCUCACGCGCGCGUGCGCGUGGAGGGGGGAGGAUGUUCUGUCCGAACAAAGUCCAUAUUAGAACGAUGGCGCGAGACAAAAGGCGCAUGAAAAAUGAAAUGUGUUACACUGAUGAAGAAUGUGAAGAAAUGAUAACUGGGGAAAAAAGGAAUUUGAAAUUUGGCUCAAAACUUGGUUCAUUGUGGUAUUGUUAUUGCUUUGGCUCGACGAAUGAAUGAAAUGUUUGCUUGCG